UUACAAAUGGGCUCCUUAUCCUCUUUUUCACCCAACAAAACAGCACACACAAAAAAGAAGGGUUUGGACGUUGGUCUGUUUCCUUAUCAUCAUCCAUGGCAGAAGCAAUUAUGAGCUUCAAAAUGAUCAAUCCUCACAUCCGUUAUAAGCCCUCUUUGCAGACAACAAGAUUGGACUCGAAUCCAUUUUCAAAAUCACUCAGGCAGUUUUCAGGCUCAAAAUUCGUCAAUGGCUUACAUCUGCAUUCAAUUGGUGAAGAUAGUAACAAGAGUAGAUUGAAAGCUCUACCACAUUUGACAUUAAUGGCGGUUUUAGUUGAGCACAUGGAAGGCCAAAGAGACCUCAUCACCCACAAAUCCAUAUGGCAUCUCAGCGAUCAAUCCAUUAAGAACGUUUAUACAUUCUACAUCAUGUUUACUGUUUGGGGAUGUUGUUUCUUUGGUUCAACAAAGGAUCCAUAUUAUGAUUCAGAACAUUAUAGGAAAGAUGGAGGAGAUGGAACUGGGCAUUGGGUGUAUGAAAAGCAAGAAGAUAUAGAAGAAAAGGCGAGAUCAGAGUUGUGGCGUGAGGAGUUGAUCGAGGAGAUUGAGAAGAAGGUGGGAGGGCUACGUGAGUUGGAAGAGGCUAAAGAAGAGGAACUUGUCAAGUGAUGGAAAAUAUUUUAGGGAUAAUUAUUGUUUAUACAUACACAUCAAGAUCAUUGUUGAAUAUGAAACAUGAAAAUUAAUAAUGUUUAUUAGGUGAUUCAA